GGAAAGCCUUGGUACAACAACGUGGCGCGUAUAUACAUUUCAGGCAACCCGCACAUCCAGCUCCUUGCCUCUCCUCCCGGCACUCCCAUUCAACCCUUCCGGUCCGAUUUCGAGCCAGCCUUUCCUGAACGUCACACGAUUGCGUUUUCUCCGGGGGCACGAUACAUUGCUGCCUUCGAUCAGCACAGUGCGUUCACCUGGUCGACAGAAUCGGGUGAUUUUAUUGCGCAUUAUAACAUAUGGGGAGACAAAUCUUGGAUUAUAAAUCCUGGCUUGGCUCCUACUUGCCCGUAUCGCAUCCCUCAUCCGGAAUCUACUCGACUCACUCUUCCAUUGGCAGGUGACACAGUCUAUGGGCAUCAUUCCUGGGUGGACGCGGGGCCUGACUCGGACGAGUCUUGGAUCGGGCGUCCAUUUUUCUAUCACUUACCAGAAGAUGAAAGGGGCUAUUCAAUUGCUGCAGGAAGGACCCCACUAGUCCAUGCCUCCCGUAAGGUAUGGUUUAAUGGCGGCCCGCAACUCGCUGUCCCAGACGAGUAUUGCCCGGUUCCUGUCAAGGCAAACAGCACCAAUGGCGUACAGCCCUGGUACGGUGAUCAACUGAUCAAUUAUAUCAACAAUUUCUACUGUCCUCAGUCCAGCAAGGAUGGUACUCGGUUUCUGCUCCAGGGCCGGACGAAAGCUCCCAUUCUCAUCGAUAUUGGCCAAGCUGCCUGGUAUUCAAGUGCCACGCUUGACUCAAACCUUCCCUCGAAGUUUUAGAUAAACCAGAGAGCGACUGGAGAGGAGUCUGUGCUUGACUAUGAAAUCCCAGUUCCUAGCGAUCAUUCUCUUUGCAGAGCAUCAUCAGACGAUUCUGCUUCUGAAACAUCUAAAAUCGACUGCUUUAGUGUUUCGCUUCUGUAUAAGAGUUCGCAUUAUGUGUCUAUUUUAUGUACACGUGGAUGAAAGAGUACUGAGGAUGGGGGAAGACGAGGGGAUAGCACCAGCUUGAAGAUAGAUGCGACAAUGUCGAAGUGCAAGUUGAAGCACAGAACAUAGUUUUAC